AUUCGAAUUCAGACAAGACAACCUCAACUGUCAUGUCCGAACACAAAACCUCUUGUAGUAACUUUAACAAAUAACAGUGUAUCCAAGUCCGAAUCUUCAUCAAUGGAAACUCAGAUCUUGUCUUAAAAAAAGACAGAGAGGAUCUCGACGAAGAUUAAGAAGUUCAGAGAACGAUGAUCGAGAGGUGUUUAGGACCUCACCGGUGCCGGAGAAUCCAGAGAGCUCUACGCCACCUCAAGGUAACCGUUCUCUGCCUCGUUCUCACCGUAGUAGUCCUACGCGGCACAAUCGGCGCCGGUAAAUUCGGUACACCGGAGCAAGACCUCGACGAGAUCCGCCAGCAUUUCCAACCGUCGCGCAAACGAGCUGAGCCUCACCGCGUCCUCGAAGAAAUCCAAACCGGCGGAGAUUCUGAUUCAUCUUCUGCUGCCUCCGGCGCCGGCGGGAGCAAUAACUACGAGACGUUCGAGAUCAACAAGAUCUUCGUCGACGAAGGAGAAGAAGAGAAGCCUGACCCGAACAAGCCGUACACUCUCGGACCCAAGAUAUCCGACUGGGACGAGCAGAGAUCCGACUGGUUAGCCAAGAACCCCACCUUCCCCAACUUCAUCGGACCAAACAAACCACGUGUCCUCUUAGUAACCGGUUCUGCUCCAAAGCCGUGUGAGAAUCCUGUAGGAGACCACUACCUCUUGAAGUCCAUCAAGAACAAGAUCGAUUACUGUAGGCUCCACGGGAUAGAGAUCUUCUACAACAUGGCUUUACUAGAUGCCGAGAUGGCUGGGUUCUGGGCCAAGCUGCCGUUGAUCAGGAAGCUUCUGCUGUCUCAUCCUGAGGUUGAGUUUCUAUGGUGGAUGGAUAGUGAUGCUAUGUUUACUGACAUGGCGUUUGAGCUUCCGUGGGAGAGGUAUAAAGAGUAUAACCUUGUGAUGCACGGGUGGAAUGAGAUGGUGUAUGAUGAGAAGAAUUGGAUUGGGUUGAACACUGGGAGUUUCUUGCUUAGGAAUAAUCAGUGGGCGCUUGAUUUGCUUGAUACUUGGGCUCCUAUGGGUCCUAAAGGGAAGAUCCGUGAGGAGGCCGGUAAGGUUUUGACCCGUGAGCUCAAGGGUAGGCCGGUUUUCGAAGCUGAUGAUCAGUCUGCUAUGGUUUAUCUCUUGGCUACUCAGCGAGAUACUUGGGGAAAUAAGGUAUACCUAGAGAACGGAUACUAUCUUCAUGGAUAUUGGGGGAUUCUCGUGGACAGAUACGAAGAGAUGAUAGAAAACUAUCACCCUGGUCUAGGCGACCACAGGUGGCCACUGGUGACUCACUUUGUGGGUUGCAAACCAUGCGGGAAGUUUGGAGACUACCCGGUGGAACGGUGUCUAAAGCAAAUGGACAGAGCCUUUAACUUUGGUGAUAACCAGAUUCUUCAAAUAUAUGGUUUCACUCACAAGUCUUUGGCUAGUCGCAAAGUGAAGAGAGUGAGGAACGAGACUAGCAAUCCGUUGGAGAUGAAAGACGAGCUCGGGUUGCUUCAUCCAGCGUUUAAGGCUGUUAAGUUGCAAACCAACCAAGUUUGAAACUUAUUGUCUUUGCUUAGUUGUUGUACUAAGAUGGAUGAUACAAAAGUAUGAAAUCAGUUUAUUCCUUUAGUC